AUGGCAUCCAAUGGUUCAGUGAGUCAUACCAUUCACACAAACCUCGGGUCUGAAGACAAUUGUGUCAAAAGGGAGUCAAUCGACAAAUGGAUGGCAUUGAGUCUCAUCGACAGCCAAUUCAAAGCUAAUAUUCGUAUGUUUUCCGUGUUUUGCAUGGAUUCAGGGACAGAAGCAGUGAUUGUCACUAAAGAGGAUGAGGUCUUCAGCGUUAAAGUGAGCACUGGUUGUGUCACUCAAUUAGAGACACUCAGCCAUAAGGGGGUCAUUCAAGUCAGUGCAGGCCAUGAACACCAGUGCGCCCUCACCACCAAUGGACACGUCUAUGCGUGGGGUGAUAAUCGAUAUAACCAGUUGGGGAACGGGUUGAACACCAGUUCCGCUGAACCCUUAAAGCUAUCAUUGAAUGAGAAAGUGGUGGACAUAUCGUGCGGUAUUUGCCACACACUGGCCCUCACAGACGCGGGACAUGUCUAUGGCUGGGGUUUUAAUGCUGGUGGACAGGUAGGCAAUGGCACCUUUAUUAACCAAUCCGUUCCCAUCCGAGUGAAGGGCGCUCUCGAGUCGUGUCGCGUUGUGUCCAUCGCUUGCGGUGGCCAUUCAAUGGCGGUGUCGGACACGGGAGCUGUAUAUUCAUGGGGCUAUAAUGGUCAGGGACAGUUGGGUUUAGGAAACCAAACACACCAAACCACUCCAGUGUUGAUCACACAUUUAGAUAACAAACCCAUUUGUCGUGUGGUUUGCGAUGGCAUAAUCUAUAUGUUUGGACAGUGCGAUAGGGGACAGUUGGGCACCGGUAACACCACUAAUCAAUCAACGCCUAUUCAGUUAGACAAUAGUUUGGGCCCAUUUCGGGACAUAGCGGCGAAUAUGAGGACCAAUAUAUCGGCCGCUAUUACAGUGGAUGGUGUGAGCUAUGUAUGGGGUGACUGUCAGCCCCCAAACAGCAAUAUAUUAAAGCCAAUGAAGACGAGUUAUGAUUCAUUGCACGACAUAUUCGCCAUCUUCUCGAAGCCUACUGUUUCGUCCAAAAUGGUUGUAUUGAGUGAUGUGUCCGACAAUCUAUUGGUCACUCAAAUACGUCAGGCUUUCGACGACCCAAACACCAGUAACUUCAAGAUCAUAGUCGAGGGGAAGACUAUUCACGUCCACAAAGACAUACUUCGCAUCCGAUGCCAACACUUCCGGUCAUUGUUUGCCAAUUGGACUCAAGGAAAGAAAAAGGAACUGGAGUUGACUCAAUACUCGUAUGACAUGUAUAAGGAGUUCCUGAGAUACCUAUACACGGGUGAGGUAUGUGUGGCACCGGAUGUUGGCAUUGAGUUACUAGAUUUGGCUGAAACUUACAGCGAGACUGACCUCAAGCUUAGGUGCGUCCGACUUAUACGGAACGGCAUUACAGUCGACAAUGUUUUACGUGUAUAUACGGCUGCACUUAAGUAUGAGGUCCCGGAGCUCGAGGAACUGUGUUUUAGCUAUGCUUUGGCACAUAUGACUCAAGUCAUACAAACCAAGGCCUGUCAGGAAAUGGAUGCCAUUAUAUACAAGGAUUUCAUGAUUAAGGCCUCAGCGAAGGGUGCCUUCAGGCACUGA